AUGACAGACCAGUACAUCUCCCCAAAGGAGGCGCGCGCCUCAUACAGGCCAAACAACCUCAUGUCCCCUGGCCUCAAACGUGCACGAGAGCCGUUCCGCGUGCGCAACGCCCUCACUGGAGUUGUGCUUACUGGAUUUGUCGCUUCUGUGUGGUGGUACUCCAUCAGUGCCGUAAAGCAGGACGUGUUCGACGACGUUGACGAGGAGGCGCGCGCGCUCGCCAAGGCACGGGCGAGCAGUCUUGCGGAACAGGAGGCAGAGCGGCAGACGAAGAGCACGGCGGUGGCGGCAGUGGAGCCUGCCCUGCGUGAACCAUCGGUUGCGUCAGUCUCGACGGCGGGGAGAGGACUGUUGCCUCCGUUGCUGGACAAGUGGCUGCCGCGAAUGUUGGACCCAUCGACGAAGACAUUAGUAUGGGGCGCUCCAUCUGUAGACAGCAUAGGAAAACUGUGGGAUGCCUCGCGUCGGCAGUGA